AUGAUGUCAUCGGAGGAGGAGACCGACUGUUUCGCCCUCUACGGAGCAACUGCGGAUAGUAAGCAACAGCAACUCUUGAAGAAGCAAAAGCGAACCAGACAGCGCGUGGACGCCGGCGAGCCGCGCAACAGCUACUCGAGCAUUCCAAACUUUAGUUCGCGGCCAUCCUUUCUUGGUGGUGGGAUUUACGGUGCGAUAUUUAGUGGAAGUGGGCCACCACCAAGUCAUCAACAACAGCAACAACAACAACAACAACAACAACAACAACAAAUUCAACAGCAAUCUGGAGCAGUUGGUACGCAAGGUCAUCUCGUUACGACAACGGGGCCAACUACUCAGCAUUCAGCCCACGCGGCUUUUGGAUUUUUCGGGGCUCCAGGCUUUGGCCCUGCCAAGAUGCUUAACGAGCUUCUUGGACGACAAGUGAAGCAAGCCAGUGAUGCUGGCGGAUCACCACCUGAAGGCAGCCAUGGAAUGACUGGAGCUGGGAUGGACCAAACUGCAAAUUUGCAACCCGGUGCUGUCGUUAAUUGUGAUGAUCCCGCUACUGCAGCUGAACUCACGCAACACAUGUUACGUGAUAUAUUACAAGGACGCAAACUCUCUGCUCUUAGUGUACAAGAGCAGCCUAAUAAUAACAAUAGUAUACACAAUAAUAAUAAUAAUAAUAAUAAUAACAAUAAUACUACUACGGAAUUACUAAAAUCUCAACAGCAUCAACAGCAAAGCCCGCAACAACAUCAAAAUAGUGAUAGUGUACGGACGAUAAGUGGGGCAGUGCAGAGUGGAGGGGAAGAAAGUGUUGAUGGGAAUAACAUAAAUACAAAUCAUAGUGACCGAGAUACUAUUAUGCCUGGAGAUGCGGAAGAUAGUGCUGAAGAUGCUGCUUCUGCUGCACGUGCUAUGGAAGAAGCAUUUGCAGAGGCUGGUAUGGAGCCAGGUGCCAAUCUUGAUGGAUCGGAUUGUGAACAAAGUUUACCUCCAAGUCCGACAGUAACGCGCCCUGGCUCGGUAUUAAUCAAAGAAGAAAUUUCAGACUCAAUAAGUUUAAGGAGAAGUCGUUCUGCGAGCCAUUCUCCAUGUCCGAUUGUACCCAAGUCUGAAGUAAGUUCACCAUCCACUGAAAUAAAACGUGCGCGUGUUGAAAAUAUAGUUAGUACAAUGCGAAGUAGCCCAGCACUUCAACCAGUCAAUGGUUGUAAAAAGAGAAAACUUUACCAACCACAACAACAAACGGUUCAUCAUGUAUUACAUCAUAGUGUUAAUGAUACCAUGAUUGAUGUGGAUGAUGAAGAUAGUGAAGAAGAAGAAGAUCCUUCAACAAUAAAACAAAAACGUGAGGAGAAGGAUCAUCUAAAAAUUCAGUUAAAACUUCUGCAUGAACAGUUAGAGGUUAUGCAGCGAAAGUACAACGAGCUAUCGAGUCGGAUGGAGCCUGAGAGUAGUGAAAAUGGUGAACCACCAGCGAGUCCACAGAAUCCACCACAGCAACCACCCCCACGGCCGCAAAGACCUCAUCCACCACCUUUCAACGGUCUCUCAACACUGCCACCUGAUCAUCCACAUGCUACUGCGGCUGCCAUGUAUCACAUGGGCCAAAAACUUUAUUUUGAGCAACAACAUGCUGCUUUAGAAAGGAUGAAACAACACCAAGAAGUUGCUGCGAGACAACAGCAACAGGCACAGAGAGAACGUGAACAACAACGUGACCAACAUCAACAACAACAAACGCCGCCACCGCCUAGUCAAGGCCGGGAACAAAGUCAGAGAAAUACGGGACCAUCAACACCGCAAACAUCUCAAAUGCAAGCUCCUGCUACGCCUCAUCAGCACAAGGAUUAUCCAGAAAGACUGAAUGUGUUCCGAAAUAACGCACACUUAACAAGCACUACUGGAGCUCACGUCACGGACACUGACCUUGAAGGCCUUGCGGACUUAUUAAAAACUGAAAUGUCGUCAACGUUAGGUAAUGUUGUGGAUGCAGUACUAACCAAGUUCAUACAACAGAGAAGGUUUCUCGGCAAAUCAAUCGAAGCUGCUCAAGUUGCAGCUGAACAACUCAGUAAAGAUUUACUCCAUGGGAGUCAACUGCUGGACCGAAAGUCUUCGCCGAGAACCAAAGUUGUAGACAGAGGAGCAUCUCAGAUACCUAGUGGCCCAAACGGACCACGGGGGCCGCUAAAUGGUGGCCCCCCAAUUUCACAACCCGCAGCUUUUCCACAAAUCGGUGCCAUGAGUGGACCACAUUGUCCACUAUCCGGCCCAACGGAAAACAAUCUUAAUCAAAUAAAUCAAUUACCUCCUCUUGCGAGACCAAACGCUCCAAUAUUUCAAACACCUAAGCCACCUACGAUAUAUGCAAUGUCGUCUAUUCAAGUACAACAGCAACAGCAACAACAGCGAGAACAACAGCAAAGAGAACAACAGCGUGAGCAAUAUUGCAAUCUAAGAAAUGAGGAUAGAGAAGCGAGAGAUAUUGAACAAAAUGAAGCUCUGUCUCUGGUCAUGACACCAAAGAAGAAAAGGCAUAAGGUUACUGACACGAGAAUUACACCGCGAACAGUUUCGAGAAUAUUGGCACAAGAAGGCAGUGGGUCUCAAAGUGGGAAUGAAAGUCCGCCACCUUUACCACCACCAACCCGGCACGUAUAUGGACAUGCGGCGCCUCCAAUGCUUCCAGUCUCGUUACCGACAAGUGUAGCAAUACCAAAUCCGAGCUUGCAUGAAAGUCAAGUAUUCUCACCUUAUUCACCAUUUUUCAAUCCACACGCGAAUCAUCCUGGUCAAGUGCCACCCCCUGGACCUCAUCAUCUACCAGCGAGUCCACCAGGAGGCGGAGUUGAUCUUAGAGAUUCACCACCACUUCCUCAUCCUCCAGCGAUGCUUCAUCCUGCUCUGCUGGCUGCUGCUCAGCAUGGCAGUCCAGACUACGGCCAUUUAAGGAUGGACAGCAAUGAUCGGGGCAGUGAUUGCAACUCUGGUGACAUCAGCUACGAUGGAAUUCAGCCUACAUCGUCGACGCUGACGCCGAUGCAUCUGAGGAAAGCCAAGUUGAUGUUUUUCUGGGUGAGAUAUCCGUCCUCGGCUGUCCUCAAAAUGUACUUCCCGGACAUAAAAUUUAACAAGAACAACACCGCACAACUGGUUAAAUGGUUCUCCAACUUCAGGGAAUUCUACUACAUCCAAAUGGAGAAAUACGCAAGACAAGCAGUAUCAGAAGGUGUAAAGAGUGUUGAAGAUCUCAGGGUUAGCGGCGAUUCUGAGAUUUAUCGAGUUUUAAAUCUCCACUACAACCGCAACAACCACAUAGAGGUAUGGGGUCCUCAGGUACCAGGAAACUUUAGGUACGUGGUUGAACAAACACUGAAAGAGUUUUUCAAAGCAAUUCAAGGUGGCAAGGAUUCCGAGCAGUCGUGGAAGAAAGCUAUCUACAAAGUUAUUUCAAGACUCGACGAUCCCGUACCUGAAUAUUUCAAAAGCCCGAAUUUUCUGGAACAGCUGGAGUGAAGCAGGCCUGCGCUGCGUUGCUCUGAUUGGUAGCCCGGUGACAAACGAAAUCAACUUUGAGCCUCUUCUUAUAAACAGCUUGUCUACUAUUAAGCGUGAGAGGUUUGCCAUCUAAAGUUGGUCGCAGAUGUAUCAGGUAUCCUUAGUAACAUAUCGUAAAAGGAGUAAACAAAGAGAAUUUUAAAAAUACUCAUAAAAGUGAAAAACGCAAGAGGAAAUGCCGGUAAAAGCAUCUCUGCUGGUGUUUAUUGACAACGUCACAAAAACAUUCACCGAAUGUUAUAGUUGUCAGCAACGGGCAAAUCUAAUCUAUAUAUAUUUAUAUAAAUAUGUCUGGAAAUGUAUAUAUAUAAAUAUAUAUAAAUUUCACGCAAAUUGGAUCAUCUUUAAAUCAAGAUAUUUAUAAGAAGAUCGACAAAUUUAUCUAAAGUGAACGUAUCGAUACCGAUUAAUUGAAGUUUGUCAGGGAAACAAAAUGUAUAAUUUAUUUGCGUAAGAAAUUUAUUUAUUCACAAGUCAUUCCACUGUCUAGAUAAACUCCGAUAACUUAAACAAUAAACAAUAAUCUAAUGAUAUCGUCAUUGGAAUGAAUCAGGAUAAAUAAGACCGAUCCGAAAAUAAUAUAGUAUUGAAGAAACAUAAGAAUGAAUGUAAAAAAAAGUUGAUACGGUGAAACAGAGCAUCUAUAAUUAAUUUAUUUUUUUGAUAAUUAAUAAUUCAUUGAUUUAAUGCUCUUAUUUUAGUCACGUUUUUUUUUUUUUUGUUAGGUAUACAAUAUAAUUUUAAGUACUCAGAGUCAUGUUUGGUCCAAAGAUAUAUAGAGUUCAGAAACAACAGUCAUCUCGUUCCUACGAUUAUUGAAGAGUUUUUCUCUGGUUGAAACUGGAGAAAUUCUCUUCUUUAUAUCACAAACGACAUAGAACAGACCACACUCGCUUUGUUCCAUGUCGUUGAAAAAGGAUCCCGGGUAAAAAUAUUUAAAGCCAAAAUUAUUAUUUUGGCCGGAAAAUGGCCGGAAAAGGCCAGGGAGUGAAGACGAGGCCGAAAAAUGACUAUUAGACCUAAAAACACACCUAAAAUAGAUAAAAGUCAAUUUUUGGUCUGUUUAUUAAAAAUAAAAAAAUUUAGGCAUAUUUUCGGCCAACUUUUGACCCUUUUCAAUAAGAUUCUAUGGCUUUAGUAAGAUUUCGGCCGUUUUUAACAAAAUACGGUGAUUUUGGCCAUUUUUCGGAGAAAUAUUUUUACCCGGGAUACCUAACCUGUAUUUUAGGAUCAAAUUACUAGAUCCUGAGUAAUUGGCUGUGCGAUAAUGAAAACUGGCAAAAUCAGCCUAAAUAUAAUCGUAACGAGGUUUUUCUGAACUCUAUGAGUGUUUAAAGUGUAAAUAAUAUAUUAAAUCGUAGUUAUAUUGAAAAAUAAAUCAUGAUUAUACUUGACGUUAAUAGAAUUUUUGAGUGAGGUUAAAUGAAUUUAAAUAAAUACAUCAAUAAAUAAUACAUUGGCGAGUGAAAAUAAAUUAGGUAAAGAUAAUUAUAAAAGAGACUUGGUAAUUUCAAUUCGGGCGCAACGAAAUCAUUUAAAUUAUUGAUAGUAUUAAUAUUAUACGAUUUCAUUAUGAAAAAGGCAAAGGAACUUGUAAAAUAAUGGGGUAAGCAAAACAAAAAAACAUAUCCUAUGCAAUGGACAAAAUAUGACCGUGAAUAUAAAUCAGUUUUGAGUGAUGGCUCCUCAAGAUUUUACGUCGAAUGGUCUAAGAAAUAGAGGGAAAAAACGCAAGUAUAAUUCUAUUCAUCAGAUGGAUAGAAAUCGCAAUGAUAAAAAUGAUGUUAUAGCAUUCAGGGUACAAAUGAAAAAAUAGAGAAAAAGCUUAGCCGAUUGAACAGAAAAAUAAAUCUAUAUAUUAUCUUAACACAUUUAUUUUAGUUACAUUAUCUGAAAAUAUGAAAAAUUAUAACUAGGCGCGGAUACAUAUUAAUUUUAUAGAUAUAUAUUUAUAUACUGUGUCGAAAAAUUUAUUUAAAGAGACUCAUAGUGUUUAUUUUGAACUGGAAAACAGCAAAUUACAGUUUUAGAUCUUUUUUUGGUAUUUUUGGAAAAACUAUUCUAAGGAAAAAAAAAAUUUCUAAAUUAUAUAUCAUCAUUCAACUAUGAGAUCAUUAGAAAAAUAAUAUUUUAACACGCCACAGUAUAAAUAUUUAUAUAUAUGUAUAUAUAUAUUGGGUGGGCUAAACAACAUUAUUUCGAAUCUUAACCAAAAUUUUCCGACAGGUAGAAUCAGCUUAACACUAGUUUUCGAGUCCUCGAUAUCACGUUCUCACACUUUGUAAUAAACAAGGUCUUUCAAAUAAAAUCUAAAAAUUUGGAGGUUAGACUAAAACAAAUUUUUUUAAAGAAUGAUACGUUUCGAUGAAAAUUUGUUGUUGCUUAUUAUUAUGGGUAAGAAUGAGAUAGAGCAUUAUAAAACUAAUGUUAAUGGCAUUGAUUCUAGAAUACACUCCACGUGUACCAAUAUUCAAAACAAAGAACACAAUUUUUGAUUACUAUCAUAUUUAUAAAUAUGCAUCAUUAUUCAGAACAACUUUUUUUAAAUCUUAUUGCCGUCAUUUAAUGCAACCGGUGAAAAAAAAAUCCUUAACAAUGAUAAGUCAUUAAAAUCAAAUUAAGAACAAAAUGUCGGACAAAUAAUUAAAAUAACGAUUUCAAAAAUGAGAUCAUAUUCAAUUUUCGAAUUAUUUGCAACUAUUCGACUAAUUGGAUAAAUUUUAAGUAUUCGUAACUUUUCGAAUUAUUUGUCAAUGUUCGAAUAAUACGAAAAUUUACGAAUAGGUUAGAAAGUUACAUUUAUUCGAUUCAUUAAACUCACGCACUCAAACUUCAAUACUUCAAGGAUUUUUUUUACAAAUCGGAUAUUAAAUGAUACUUAUAUAAAAAAAAAAAAAAUAUAAUAUAGCCCAUCAAUAAUAAACCCCAGAGUCUUCUAUUACCAAUAAGAGAACUAGAAUGGCUUAAAUAUUUAGAUUGACUAGAAACGUGAAAACCAACCAUGCAAUUCACGAUAAAUUAUGAUUUAUAAAAACGCAUCCAACACAUGAACAAGAACAAAGUUUAUUACAUUAAUCGAAUGCAUAGUGACUGAUAUUUUUUUAAUUAUAAUUUGAAUUCCACAAGACAAGAAAGUCUAUUCUGAGACUUUAAUUACUUUUAUUUUAUUAAAUUAAUAUUCAGUAAUUAAAGUAUAUUACUAUAAUUAUUUAACAGAAUAUUAAUAUCGUAUGUUUUAGUUUUAUUAUCUGUAUUAUCACAUUGAAUUUGUAUUUUUAUGUUUACGAUAAUUUUUUUAUUCAACUAUUUUUUUCAGUUAUCGCCUUUUAUUACCAUUUAAGUUUGCACGAAUUAUUUUGUAAUUAGUUAUAAUUUUAAGCUUAGAAUUAUGCAAUUAUUUUGUUCCUAAUGUUAAAAGCGACAAACCCCGCACGCCUCAACCAUUAAACCAAAAAAAAGAAAAAAAAAAUUAGCGAUGAUUGAUCUAUUAAUGAAAAUCUGAGCGCCUUUUAAGUUCUUGAAUGUUUAUAUUUAAUUUAUGUAUUGGUUCUAAUUAUUAAUUAAUAUUAUUUUUAUUAUUAUUAUAAUUAUUGUAGUGUAAUAUAGUAGGCAUUAUCAUACACA